CAGCACGGCGGCAAUAGUGUGUAUGUGUGGUUUACAUAAUGAUGUCUCCUACUUUAUCUUUUGUGUCUCCGUAAGAGCAUCAUUAAUGCGGUCGCUUAACCCCGUUUCUUAAUGUUAUUAGCAAAAAAAAAUUAGGUUAAAUGCAAAUAAAUGUUUCUUAAUUAGGGGCUAGAAGAGACGGUCUUCUGAGACAUGUGUUGCCCAAAGGGCGUUCAUCUCUCUCUCUCUCUCUCUCUCUCUCUCUCUCAGGAAUCACUCUGUGUCUCUCUCCCUAAUUGAUCUCUGCGUCUCCUUCUUGCUCUGUAAUCGGCUAUCAGAGAAUUUAGAGGCGUAAAUGAAUGGCGAAGGAGAGGAUGCAUCCAAAGUAAUUCACGUGAAGUUCAUAAAGAAGCUUGACGCUCCGUUCAAAGUUCUGGUCACCUCCUUCGUUAUCCCUUCCAGUGUCACUCGUCUCGGUCUCUCUUCCAUUGUCAACUCUCUUCUCACUCUCGAAAAGCCUGAGCUAUUUGACUUCCUGAUCGAUGGGGAGCUUAUUCGAAUGUCGCUUGAACAGUUUCUUGACGCGAAGGGAAUCUCAGGGGAAAUGACUCUUGAAAUCGAAUACAUAAGGGUUGUGGCAUCAAAGGUGAAGAUUCCGGUUCACUGAAGUCAUCUCUUUAUGUAUAAAGGUUGAUACAGCUGAAUCUGGUGACACUACUACAAGACUUGAUGCUUACAAGAUAUUACGUGGACACAAGGCGUCAGUGGAAAGUGUUACAGCUCAGAAAUAUGGAAGCAAUGUUUGAUGUUUUCCCUUGCGCUUGGCUUGUGUGUUGCAAGUGAAACUACAUUGUCUUCCAUCGCACCCACCUACUGUAUAAUGUAAUUCAGGUUUGCUCGGAUGGGAUUGCACGAUCAAUGUGUGGGAUACCAAUGAGUCUACUUCAGAGUUGUCAGUACCAGGGAAGAAAAGAAAAGGAAAUAAUCAGGCUGAGGAACCUCAGUUAGAGGUACAAUCAAUAAAGUCUGGAUGAUAUGCAAACUCUCUUGUCUCUUCAGAUCAAGAGGAAGAGACAAAUGUACUCUCUAACAGUUGUAUUUUCUCAGUUGAAGUAUGUAAUUGCAAUUUUGAUAUGGACUUUGUUACAGGGAGAGGCGGAGACUACACUUGUUGGACACACACAAUGUGUCUCAUUAGUUGUUUGGCCAGAGCAUGAUGUAGAUUCUUGUUGAUGGGACCAUUCCGUAAGGACAUGGGAUGUUGAGACAGGGAAAGAUUCAUUGAACUUGGUAUGCCUUCUCACAAUCCUUUGCUUUCUAAUGAAUUCAGGCGCACACACCAGAACCCCCUUAUGCUAAAUUUGCUUGUGCGUAAACGUGAUAAAGACAACAAGCUCAGAUGCUUCUUUCAAAUUAUUUCCGUUUAUUUUACUAAUUUUUGUUUAUAUGUUUUAAUUUUAAAAUAUAUGUUUAAAAUGUAAUUUUUUACUAUGUUUUAUUUAAUAAAUAAAUUUUACUAAACAAUGUUUAAUAUUUUUUUCUUAUAAGAGCCCUUAAUUAA